UUGUGCGAUCCCCGCGGCUCCCCUCUCACCCCCGGCGUCUCCCUGCCCCCAGCCUGCAGAGUAGCUGAAGCGGGAGGUAGCCAAUGUCGUCCAGCAAAGGGGCGGGGGCUGGAUCUCGCCGGCGCCGGACGCGGUGCCGUAAGUGCAAGGCCUGCCAGCGGACGGAGUGCGGCGAGUGCCACUUCUGCAAGGACAUGAAGAAGUUCGGGGGCCCGGGGCGCAUGAAGCAGUCCUGCCUCAUGAGGCAAUGCACGGCGCCCGUCCUGCCUCACACGGCCGUGUGCCUGCUUUGUGGCGAGGCCGGGAAGGAGGACACGGUGGAAGGGGAGGAGGAAAAGUUCAACCUGUCGCUCAUGGAGUGCUCCAUCUGCAACGAGAUCGUCCAUCCCGCCUGCCUCAAGAUGGGGAAGGCGGAAGCUGUGAUUAACAAUGAGAUUCCCAACUGCUGGGAGUGCCCCAAAUGCAAACGAGAAGGGAAAUCCAACAAGGACUCGGGCGGCGACGGGGCCGGGAAGCGCCGGGCGGACAACGGGGAGGACGGGGUGCGGUGGAAGCUGACGGACGAGCUGGCCCAGCACAAGAAGAAGCUGCUGCCGGCCCCGCCCCCCACAGAAGAGCCCCCCGCCAGCGCCCACAAGCGCAAGAAGGAGAAGGAGCUGCCGCCCCCCGACACGGGGCCCAAGAAGAAGUUGAAAGGCGGGCGGGAAAAACACUUGAAGAAGGCCUCCGAGCAGCCGUUGGAGGGGAACAAGCUGCAGCCGCUGCCGAGCUGGGGCCGCGUGGGGAGCGGCGACUUGGAGGUGAAAGGGUCCAUCUCCCACUCGACCAUCCACCUGAGCCAGAUCGGCCCCAGCGACCUGGAGGUGGAAGCAGUGCUAGAUGGGAUGACCGCGGGAACUUUUCCCGUGUUGAUCGCAUUAGGGCAUAGGUGGGAUGCUGGUACUGCUACCGUACUGACUGUAGUAGUGGUGCUCUCUAAGUUUCUCCACCCCCGCCCCCCCAGGUGCUGUGAUAAGCGCCUGUGGACCCGCAUCGACCUGAGCCGCCGGAAAUCGAUCACCCCGUCUAUGCUGAGCGGCAUCAUCCGCCGGCAGCCGGCCAGCCUCGACCUCAGCUGGACCAACAUCUCCAAGAAGCAGCUCAUGUGGCUCAUCAACAGGCUACAGGGCCUGCGGGAGCUGGUCCUGACGGGCUGCUCGUGGUGCUCCGUCUCGGCGCUGAGCACCGCCAGCUUCCCCUCGCUGCGGCUGCUCGACCUGCGCUGGAUCGAGGACGUCAAGGACUCGCACCUCCGGGAGCUGCUGCUGCCACCCACGGACAGCAAGCCAGGUCAGACCGAGAGCCGGGGCCGGCUGCAGAACGUGUCCGAGCUGCGCCUGUCGGGGCUGGACAUCACGGACUCCUCGCUGCGCCUCGUCGUCCGCCACACGCCCCAGCUCGCCAAGCUGGACCUGAGCCACUGCAACCACGUGGGUGACCAGUCCGUCAACCUGCUGACCGCUGCUAACUCCCCCCUCCGCGACAGCCUCGCCGAGAUCAACCUCUCCGGGUGUAACCGCCUGACGGACCAGUGUCUGCCUCUCUUCCGACGCUGCCCGCGCCUCUCCCGCAUCGAUCUGCGCUCCUGCCGCCACGUCACCCCCGAGGGCUGCGCCCGCUUCUGCGAGGACUCCGGGCCCCCAGCCCCCCCGCCUGCCGGGCCCCCCUUCCGCUGCCCCGAGGAGAAAUUGCUGAUCAAAGACAGCUAAUAGCCGGGCGGGGCCAGGCUGCGCCAGAGACUUGAAGAGAGACCUUUUACUAAAGCCAUGCACUGAAUCAUGGGGGGGCCGGGGGCCUUCCGGGGCUGGGAGGGAGCCAAGGGGGACCCGCUCUCCACCCAUCUCUGAUUUGGGAGGGGAUCCCAUUUGGGGGUGUCUGGGGGGGGCUGAUUGGAGUUGGUACUGCCCUUGGGGGGUGGUUUGGAAGCCAGGAUGCCGGGGGGAGGGGUGCACUGGUACUGGUGGGCACAUCUCCUCCCCCCUUUAAAAAAUCCCCCCCCCCCCCCCCCG